AUGGUUGAGGAUGUGUCGGACGGCCCGGUGAGGUAUUGUGACGAGGUGUUGGACGUGGAAGGUUGGCGGGCCUCAAAAAUGGUGGCGGAAAAGAGUCGCGCGACGGAUUUCUCCAUAGCGGCCAUCAUGGCUCGCAGCGCUGAGCAGCCGGCCCUGCGCGGUUCUCUUGCCGUCGCACGAUCGCCUACUUUCAUAGAUCAAGUUUCCCGACAAAGUUCACCAGCGUCUAUAAGUUCUGGUGCAUCUAGUCGGUCACCAGUGCCUGAUGAGGAUGUGGAGGUGGAUGUGGAGCAGUGUUCGGAUGGGGAACGAGACGCCUCCGACGCUAUACCUUCACCUGCACCAUCUUCAGAAUUAGGCGAAAGAGACACCCCCUCACCAGCGCGACCACUGGCGCCACCCGCAACAUCAUGUAACUGUGAGGAACUGCUCUCUGUGGACUGUCAAUUGGAAACUAAGGAUCUGUGGGACAAGUUCCACGACUUGGGAACUGAAAUGAUUAUUACUAAGACUGGCAGGUAA